AUGCCAGUAAAAAAAGGAGCCUCUUUGGGAAGAAGUACAUCAGCUGCAAGAAGAAUAGCAGCAACAAGAGCAGCUGAAGAUUCUGAAGACACACGCAUUCGACUUGAUGGUCAACGUGCAAGACAAGCAGCUUCACGAGCAGCGGAAGAUUCUGAAGACACACGUACUCGACUUGAUGGUCAACGUGCAAGACAAGCAGCUUCAAGAGCAGCUGAAUCUCCAGAACGGAGACAAGGUCGACGGGAAGAAGAUCGAGCCAGACAUGCAGCUACAAGAGGAGCUGAGGAUCCCAUACAGAGACGGACUCGAAGUGAAGAUCAGCGUAGACGACAAGCAGCCUCAAGAGCAGCGCAAUGGACAUUUAUGGAAGGGGAAGCGUUUCGUUAUGAUCCAGCCAACAACUAUGACAGCCAUCCUCAACUUUAUAUUGGACAAAUGAGUGAUGUUUGCCCAUACUGUAAUGCCCUCAAGUGGCAUGCAGAAACACGAGGUAUGUGUUGCUCUGGUGGUAAAGUAAAGUUACCUGAACUUCAGCCUCCUCCUGAACCGCUGAAAUCAUUAAUGUCAGGAACAACGCCUGAAUCGAAGCAUUUCUUGGAUAACAUUAGAAAAUACAAUUCCUGCUUUCAAAUGACAUCUUUUGGCACGUCAGAGAAAGUGGCUGACCCAGGCUUCAUGCCUACUUUCAGAGUUCAGGUUCAAGUAUAUCAUCGCGUAGGAUCUCUGCUGCCGCCUUCGAAUGAAGAACAUAAAUUUCUUCAAAUUUACUUCAUGGGCGACGAUCGAAAAGAAGUACAACAACGUUGCAAAAACAUGCCUGGCGUACGUCAAGACAUUGUCGAGAAACUGCAGCAAAUGGUUCAUGAGCACCACAUUUAUGUUGAUCUUUUCAAGACUGCCCUUCAAAGAAUGCCUACAGAUCAAUACAAGGUGCUUAUUCGAGCAGACAUGAAACCUGUUGGAGAGCAUGCACGUCGUUUCAAUGAGCCAGUGACAAAUGAGGUGGCGGUUGUCAUCGCUGGCAACGACUUUGAGAAACGAGAUAUUGUCUUGGAGAAGAAAAAUGGUCAGUUACAGAGAGUAUCUGAGACACACAGAUCGUAUGAUGCCUUGCAAUAUCCUCUCAUCUUUUGAAAAGGUGAGGAUGGCUACCAUUUUCUUAUCGAACAGACUGAUCCAACAACUGAAAUGGCUGUCACUGGCAAAAAGGUGUCGGCUAUGAGUUUUUAUGCUUAUAGAAUUAUGGUACGAAAUGGUGCUGUCAAUCAUAUCUUACAGUGCCGACAACUUUUCCAUCAGUAUGUGGUUGACAUGUACGCUAAGAUCGAAAGUGAAAGAUUAUCUUUUCUACGUUAUAAUCAAAAAAAGCUUAGAGUGGAUGAAUACAUUCACCUGAAAGAUGCUAUAGCCAAUUAUGGACGAGCUGACAAUCUUGGUCAAUUAGUGAUUCUACCAGCAACUUUCACUGGAAGUCCCCGGCACAUGCAUGAAUAUACACAAGACGCUAUGACUUAUGUAAGAAACCACGGAAGACCCGACCUCUUUAUAACAUUCACCUGCAAUCCUAAGUGGCAAGAAAUUCAAGCAGAAUUAAUGGAAGGUCAAGCUCCCUCUGAUCGUCAUGACCCAUUAGCAAGAGUGUUCAGACAAAAGCUCACUAAAUUGGUCAACAUUAUUACCAAAAGCCAUGUAUUUGGGCCAACAAGAUGCUGGAUGUAUUCUAUUGAAUGGCAAAAGAGAGGACUACCACAUGCCCAUAUUUUGAUAUGGCUGAAGAACAAAAUUAAAGCAGAUCAAAUAGAUAGCGUAAUCAGCGCAGAAUUACCUGAUCCUGAACGAGAUCCUCGACUAUUUGAAAUAAUUAUCAAGACUAUGAUUCACGGUCCAUGUGGAAGUAUCAAUCCAAACUCUCCGUGUAUGGAAAACAAAAAGUGUACAAAAAGAUAUCCAAAACAACUUUUGCAUGAUACAGAAACUGGUGAUGAUGGAUAUCCAUCGUAUAGAAGAAGAAGUUCAGAAGAUGGUGGUAUCAAAGCCAAAAUCAAAAUGAGAAUUAAUAACUCCAUUCAAGAAAUCGAAAUUGACAACAAGUGGGUUGUGCCAUAUUGUCCACUACUCUCUCGGGUCUUUCAAGCCCACAUUAAUGUGGAAUAUUGCAACUCGGUAAAAUCAAUCAAAUACAUCUGCAAAUAUGUCAACAAGGGCAGUGACCAGGCAGUGUUUGGUUUGGGAAGAGAUGGAGCACCAGUUGAUGAAAUUAGUAACUACCAGUCAGGUAGAUACAUCAGUAGCAAUGAGGCAGUCUGGCGAAUCUUGGAUUUUCCAAUUCACGAACGAUAUCCAACCGUUGUUCAUUUGGCUGUUCAUUUGGAAAAUGGUCAACGCAUUUAUUUCACCGAAGAUAAUGUUCAUGAGAAAGUUAAUGAACCACCAAGAACAACACUAACAGCAUUUUUCUUACUCUGCCAGAAAGACGACUUUGCCAAAACGCUGUUGUACUGUGAUGUUCCAAAAUACUACACAUGGAACGCGUCUGAAAAAGUGUUUAAGCGGCGUGUUCAAGGAACUGCUGUGCUUGGUCAUCCAGACAUUAGAGAAGGAGAUGCGUUGGGUCGUGUUUACACUGUGCAUCCUAGGGUGAGGGUGUGGGUGUGGGUGUGGGUGUGGGUGUGGGUGUGG